AUGCCGUCCUUUAGUUUCUGGAAGAGCUCAAAGACAGAGGAGUCGGCACAUGAACCACUGCUCGCUACACAUACAACAUGCGAUGAGGUCGACAUUCCCGAUAUCAUCAUACCAAAAAAUCUAGAUCUCGAUCCAGGAAAAGAGGAUUCAGGUGUUUUUCUUUUUGAUGAAUUAGAUCCUCGGCCACCAACGUUGUCUCCCCCACAGGUGACGACAGAGGUUGGUGGUGCGUGCAUAAGAGAGACGUUCAUUUCACCGGUACCUGAAAAGGCGGCUGAACGGAUCGACUCACCUCUAGAGGGUUUGGUAGAGCAAUCCCCUCUUCGACCUCGGGUCCCCGAACAAUGCGUGCUCAGCGAGACUGCUCACGAGGACCCUCCCAUGGUUGCAAUGGAUGUAUCCACAACAACGCCAAAAGAAAACAAUUAUAAUGUCGAAACCUCCAAAAACGACGGCUCUAUGCCUUCAUCUCAGCCCGCAGUCUCUACUCCAUCAAUGUCACCAAAACAGGCCGCCCCGGCCAAACCAGCCACACACCAGCGCAAAACCUCAAUAGCGCGUCUCCGCAGACCUGCGGAAUUAAAUCUAGCAACAAAUACCACUUCAUCCUCUCCAUCUCAACCUUGCUCAGAACUAGAGCAGCGCUACGCCCUGAUCCGCAACUCCAAGACGCAGUCUAAAGCCGCGCUACGCUCCCCUACCGCUCUCCUCGAGGAACGUCUCAACCUAACCCCCAAGAAAACGCCAGGAAGCGAGAACAAAGUCCGAAUCUUCACUCCUCCGGUAACACCAGAAAACGGAUGCUGGAUCCCCGGUCCAGGCGCCGCCACCAACGCCUUCACCAGCUCCUCAAUACGUGCAUGCACAGAAAAGUCCGGACGCCCAGCAUGGUGGUGCAAGUUCGACAAACUAGUUGUUUUUGACGGUAUCGACCAAGAUGCAUCGGGGGAAAUGACGAUUCGCACCAGAACGAGCAAGGGAUUGAGCAUUGCAAGGCGAAGAGGCGAUAUAGAAUCUAUUCUCAUCCCGCUGGACUGCAGCCACUGCCAGGAAAUGCUGAAGAGGCAUGAGUGGAAGUACGAUAUGCGCGUCUGCAAACGGAGCGUAUGCUGGGACUGCAAAGAGAGGUGUAAGUGGGAGGCGGAAGAGGAGAAGAGGACGACAAGUGUGCAGAAAACGGGUAAAGCAGAGGGCAACAGGUUCCGUGCGGAUAGUGUGUUGCAAGAGUAG